UAUUGAAAAUGAGACAGUUUGCACGAUAAUAGUAGUUUCCUCACUGAGCUAGCUGGGAGAAGAAUCCAAUUAAGAGUCUCAUGCAUGAAAUCCUUGUCUGACAGUUUGUUGGAAACGAACUAUACUGCAAAAGCCCGCCAUGGAAGUGACAGUAUGAUGAAUUUAACAAGAAGAAUAAAAAUUUUCUCCAAGUCUCCACUGUCAGAAGUUGCCAAGAGAAAAAGAUCAGGAACAUACCAGUGCUGCACACAACAAAACCAUAAUGCAAGCAGGUCUUUGGACUAUAGGGAGUUGAUCAAAAAACAUACCGAGGUCACUACAAACCACCUGACUCCAGAACUUCAGUUACAUCUAAUUACUCCCACGUGUCCUCUGUGGUAUACAGGCAUAGCGGACUGCAUUUUCAGUGACCCUUACUGGGCAUUCUACUGGCCAGGGGGGCAAGCUUUGACCAGGUACUUGUUGGACAAUGGCAAAGAAGUUGCGGAUAAAGUGGUUGCUGACAUAGGCAGUGGAUGUGGGGCCAGUGCAAUAGCUGCUGCCAUGAUGGGAGCAAAACAGGUUUUGGCAAAUGACAUAGAUCCUGUGGCAGCUCUUGCCAUUCAGAUGAAUGCAGAAUUAAAUGGAGUUUAUCCAAACAUUGAAAUAUCUACAGAAAACCUUAUAGGUCACUCCAAACAUUGGGACUUCCUUCUGCUGGGAGAUAUGUUUUAUGACAAAGACAUUUCAGACAGAGUGCUGGAAUGGAUGGACAUGCUUGCAGGCCAGAAUACAAAGAUUUUUGUCGGGGAUCCUUGCAGGAUUUACAUGUUGGACCAUCCCAUUAGGACAAAAUUAAGAUUAAUUGCUGAGUAUGACUUAACAGAUGAAUGCAAAGAAGAAAAUUAUGGACUGUCUUCUGGUUUUGUAUGGGAAUUUAUUCCAUAAAUUAUUGUUGUCACAUACAUACAUGUUUCUAUUUUUUAGAGAUUUUUAAGCACUUUUACAUAUUGAAAGACUAGAAGA